AUGAGCUCAUCAGCGUCAUCCGCAACGGCCUCGCUCUCCCCGAUCCUCCCCAUCCUCAACGCCUUCAACCACCGCCACCAUAACCAGCACCGCCUCGCGCACUGGUGGCCCGUCUUUCGCAUAUUUCGUCGCACCAUCCGCGCUCUUCUCGACGAUCUUGCUUCUCGUCGUCGAGAUGCGUCGUCGUCGUCUCCUCCUCCGCGCGCAGUCUGGCUUAGCAAGCACUUUAUUCCCAGAGCAUACAUAGCCUUCUCACAACUAGCCGCAGACAACCAACACGCCCCCCUCGGCCUCCUCCUCCUGGCCAUCCUCUCCCGCACCCACACCGUCCUCACCCAGCUUCUCGAUCAGCCAUCUGUUCCACUCAAAUCCUCAACCGCCCGCUCCAAUGAAGCAAGCCAGGAUAAAGGCGUCGCCAUAGCUCGCCAGGAACAACAACCGCCAAAAACACAAACCACUACUCAACCUCCGUCAGAUGAAGGUCAAAGCAACAAGCUCGACCGAGACGCUAUAAAGCCGUCCAAGUCAAAAUCAAAGGAAAUACCAACAAAGGAGAAGAAGAAGAAGAAGAAGGGGAAGGGGGACGAACUGUCCAGCCUCUUCGGCUCCUUGUCAUAA